GAACCUUCCUGUUGGGACUGUGGUUUCUACCCGGAUCUGUCUGACCGGGGCACCAACGUGACAACUUGGAAACAGCCGUCAUUUCUGAAUCUGUGAAGCCCCGCGAGGAAGAUGAGCACCAAACAGGUGACGUGUAGGUACUUCCUCCACGGCGUGUGCAGGGAGGGAAAUCGCUGUAUGUUCUCUCACGACCCGUCAAACAGCAAACCGUCCACCAUCUGUAAGUUCUACCAGAGAGGAGUGUGCGCCUACGGAGACCGCUGCAGGUACGACCACGUCAAAUUAUUUAGAGGAGGCGGGGGAGGACCUCCAGAGAACCAUGCAGCUGUAGGAGGGUCUGGGGGCGGGGCUCCAGUCAGAGGAGGAGUCAAGAAGACCAUGGUCCUCAGAGACAGCAGUGAACGACAGACCCACGUCAGCUCAAACAGACCAGUCCUGGGUGCUGACAGCUCAUUUGGGGGUCCGGCUGACAGUUUGGGUUCAGGACUCACAGCAGCGGCAGCGGCGGCUCCUCAGUCAUAUGUGGACGCCAUCAGAACGGGCCUUGAUGCCUCAGCACAGGAACAAGCCCCUCCCUCUGUUGGUGGAGCUUACCAGGACCUCCCCCAGCUCUGUCCCUAUGCAGCAGCUGGACACUGUUACUAUGAGGAGAACUGUACGUAUCUCCAUGGGGAUCUGUGUGAGGUGUGUGGUCUACAGGUGCUCCACCCUCACGACAGCGAGCAGAGGAGAGCUCAUGAAAAGAUGUGUAUGCUGGCGUUUGAGGCUGACAUGGAGAAGGCGUUUGCCGCCCAGCUGAGUCAGGAUAAGGUGUGCUCUAUCUGUAUGGAGGUGGUGGUCCAGAAGGCAAACCCGUCGGACCGCAGGUUCGGCAUCCUGUCCGCCUGCUGUCACACCUUCUGUCUGGCCUGCAUCAGGAAGUGGCGCUGCACAAGAAACUUCAGCAACAAAAUCAUCAAGGCGUGUCCAGAGUGUCGCGUGGCCUCAGAGUUCGUCAUCCCCUCGGUCUACUGGGUGGAGAACCAGGACGACAAAGACCACCUCAUAGAGCUCUUCAAGUCUGGAGUUGGUAAAAAGCCCUGUAAGUACUUCGAUCAGGGUCGGGGUUCGUGUCCGUUCGGAGGGAAGUGUUUGUAUCUUCACACCUUUCCAGACGGGACCAGAGCAGAACCCGACCGGCCACGCAAACAGCUGAGCUCCGAGGGCAGCGUCCGGUUCAUGAACAGCGUCCGUCUGUGGGAUUUCAUCGAGGAGCGCGAGCAGCGGCCCGCCCAGCCCCUGCAGUCCCUCGAUGAUGACAUCACAGAGCUGAGAGAGCUCUUCAUGCAGAUGUCGGGGCCGAGCCAUGAUGGCGCAGAGACCGAGGCUGACCAGUAAGGACCAGAUCAGACCAGGUCCAGCCCCCCUGGAGCCUAGACAAAGAUGUUUGUGGACAAAUAUAAACCAUGUGAUCUCUCUGCAGUCUGUGUCAGUACAUCAUGACAACAUGUUCAGUUAUCCAUGCAUUAUUAUUAUUUUAUUUAUGGUGUAAAUAUGGAAACGCGGCCUCGGUGUGAUGUCACAGUGGUGUUAGAUUUGAUUUAUCUUCUGUUUUUUAUAAUCCAGAGUGGAGCACAAACUAAACAUCAUGAACUAAGAGGAGUCACAGAUCAGACAAAGCACAACUACAGGCUGUUUUCUUUAUUCAUCUCUUCUCUGCCUUUUAUUUAUUUUUAUCCAUCACUGCUUUAAAUACAAAUAUGAGACCGUCUUUUAUUUCUUUAACAUUUUCAGAAGUCCAGGUUUGUCUGCAGUCAGUCUAAGGCGGGGCACUGUGUGGUUUAAAGCCACUUCUGUUAAAGUGGAGGUAGAUUGUCAGCUAAUAAUGUGCAAAUAAAUCAUCAAUGAUGCACCA